CCAGUAAAAAUAAAUGGACUAGAGAGGUAGAGGGCAAAGCUCUCUCUCUCUCUCCCAGAAAUUUCCCUCUUACUGCUAAUUCAACUGAACCUACGCCUGCACUUGUCUUUCCAGGCAACAUCUUCUAUGACUUCUAUAUUUCAUUUUUCUCUACCUCUCUUCAAGAAACCUCUCAUUUUUGUGUAAUGAUUCCUACUUUUCCUUAUUUGGAAAGUUGAGAUAACUGGUGAACAUGGUGGCGAAAGUCAGAAUAGCAGUUCUGGUGUGGGCUGACAUACUAGCAGGGUACGCCACGUGGGUGAUGAUGACAUACUUAACAACUGUAUGGAAGCUUGACAUCGUCCGUGCUGGUGCAAUUGUAAAUGUGUUUGUAGGUUUACAAUUCAUAAUACCUGUAGGCAUGUCCUUCCUUGUGGAUGCUUUCCUAGGCUACUAUCGCAUGCUCUUGCUCUCCAGUCUUGCUUGCUGCUUUGGGAUGAGCUUAUUGGCAAUGUCAACACCACCAGUCCUUUCUAGAUUUGCAGGCAACUGUGAUGAUUACCAGCCAAAUUGCAUUGGUGAUACCCAAAAGGCUCUCUUCUACACAGCAUUAGCCCUCAUAGCUUUUGGGAUAUCUGGUCAUAUGACAUCCUUAGAGUCUUUCGGGAACCAACAAGAAGAGCUAGACCAAACAGCAAAUGGUCCAGUUGAUCUAGUGAGAAAAUUGCCCGGCUUCUUUGCUGUGAUUCUUCUCCCAAUUGUUGGAGGAAUUGCGCUUCCAUUUAUAAAGCCGUGGUCUGUCCGAUUUGGAAUACCAGCAAUAUGCACAACACUUGCAACUUUUCUGUUUAUAAGUGGUUCACCUUCGUACACAAAUGUUGAACCGCAAGGGAGUCCUCUCACAACUGUUUUUAGAGUUUUUGUAGCUUCUGCUUCCAAGAUGUUCUCUCAGUGGGAUGCUAAUCAUCAGCUCUAUGGAAAUCAUCAAGUUAAUCCUGACUCUGUUCCUCAAACCCCAAGCCAUGCAAAUCAUCAAGUUAGUCUCAACUCCCUGCCUCAAACCCCGAGUCUCAGGUGCCUUGACAAGGCUGCCAUGAUAGUCCCAACCCAAACUCUAGAGCAACAAGUACAAAAUAAAUGGAAACUUUGCAAGGUGACAGAAGUAGAGGAAACAAAAAUUUUUAUACGCAUGAUACCCAUGUGGUCGACUUUCAUUAUGUGUGGGGUUGUGAGUUCCAUAGGAGCCACUUAUUUUUUAGAACAAGCAAAUAAAAUGAAUCGCAAGGUUGGAAGAUUGAUUGUCCCUCUUCCUAUUCUACUAAUCUUCCAUGACAUUACCAAAUCAAUGUCUGCUAAAUUCUAUGUCAAAAUGGUUAAAAUGUUAUCAGGAAAAUAUGCAGCUCUUAUUGGAAUGAUAGCAGCCAUGUUAUUUUCUAUACUAUGUUGCAUCACAGCUGCAAAAGUGGAGACAAGGAGGAUAGACAUAAUCAAAAGCCAUGGGAUACUUGACCCUAAUGAGAAGAUCCCAAUGAGCAUGUUUUGGCUUGUUCCACAGUAUCUCCUUCUUGGUGUCCUUGAUGGAAUCUCUGGUUACCUUCUUGGUGAUCGUGACGAAAUCUCUGGUUACAGCAUUGCUUGUUUCUUCAUUGGUAAAAUUCCUGCCUCUAUGAGCUCUUGCUUGCUAUUUUGCACCCGGGGUGUUUUUGGAGCAGGACUUGUGGGUAGUGUGCUUUCUGUUUAUGUGGUGGGCAAGGUCAGUGAAAGGGGAGGAAAACCGAGUUGGUUUCAGGACACACUAAAUAAAAGUCGCUUGGAUAAGUACUAUUGGACACUGGCAGUGUUGAGUUCUGUAAACCUUUUCCUCAGCAUCUUGGUGGCAAUUUGGUACAACUAUCAACAAUCAUCAAUUGAAGAGAUUAGAACUCCAGGGUAUCAAGAAUCUGACAUGCCUCCUAAUGAUGAUGUACAAUGUUGCUGUUGUUGUGCAUAGUAGUACUUUGAGGGAUUUCUUUUUACAACCCAUUUCUCUUGUAUUGUCCAAUUUAAUGUUCCAACAUGUAUACCAUGUAUUCAUUGAAGUUCAUCAAUGCAAUGUUUCAAGAAGAGGUAAUCAAACUGUACAUAUUCUCUUUCUUUUUCCUUAUCCCUUUUUUGUUAAUGUUUCCAACCAGACAAACAAAGUGAAACUAUUUUCCAUUCUUCCAAAUUUCUUAUUCCAAAGAAUGUAGAAGAAACUUUCAUAAGGGCUUAGUCAGUGAUGCAGAGCAAGGUGUGGUGGAAUAUCGCAAAGCCAAACAACACAGUACUCACAACUCUUCCCAAAACUAAAGAACCAUUCAAGAAAUUAAGGUAAAAUAAGAGAAAACUCAACCUUAGGGAGUUUCUUAUUAAAAUCUGAAUGAAAAUACAAAUAAGGACCUGUAUGCUUGUUGGUGGAUUUUCGGCAGCACUCGGAGUAUUGCUGUAUGAAAGAUGGUGCCUUCAUGCUUGUUGUGGUGUCUAUAGAGGAAAAUGAAUGACAUAAGUUUUAAGGACUGUUAAGAGAACUUUGAAGGAGAUUAAAUUUUUAUUUUUCACUACCUUGUAUUUUUGGAUAGUUGCUUUUGUUUCUUGUUUGGUGAUUAGUUAUCAUGAUUUUCUUGUUCUUUUUGCUCAUACAAACUAGAUAAUUUCUCUUGUAUACACCCUCUGUACUUGGGGACGCUUUACACUUUUAAUGAUAUCUCAAUUAUUUAAAAAAAAGGUUAGUUGGGAUGGUCUCAAGUUAUAUAUGUUCCAUUUAUUUCUCCUUUUUGGUGUUGAUGAUACAGCAUGGUCUAUUUUCUAUUGGACUAGAAGUGCUUGGAAUUGAUGAGUUUCCUUGUUGCAUUUCUUGAAUGGCAAAGUUGUCUGUGUAACUAUAAUUUUCCUGUUCUAGUUGGUUCUCAUCAAUUUUGCAUUUGGGUAGUUGUUGUAAUCUAGUAUGCUUUAGAAAGGGGCAUUUCUUUGGGAUGGGACAAAUGGUUGAUUAUUAGCUUAAUGUCCCAUUCGAAAUUUGUAGGGUUGAAAAAAGAAAUCUGUACUACUUGGUAUCAAAUCUUUCAUUUUUUACUCAAAAUCUGGAAAGGAAAACUAUUGCAAGCUGUUUUGAUUUAUCAAGAAGUUCUGGAAUAUUCAACCGUAUAAGGUAAUCUUCAUGCACUGGAUAACUAAUAAUUGAAGGGGGUUUUGUAGUACUAUUGGCCUUACUUACUUUCCCAAGGAUCAAGAGGAGCCUAACCAUUCCAGCUGAAUUUAUUGCUGUUGGAAUGCUUGUUUGAUUUAUGUGGUUUCAGUUCUACAGUUGGAGUUUAUUUCCUCCGCUUUGUUUCUGCGGAAUGGAAUCAGCAUACAGGAGAUGGGUAAGAGAGAGGAGAGAAACUCUAUCACCAAAGGAUUUGGAUGAACUCUGCAGUGGGUUGCAAACUGCUCUAGGUAGCCAAAUGGCAGUUGGAAGAGCUCGUGAGGGCUGUCAGGUUGAGCUAUGGACAUCAUGGCCAUGACAAUACAACAGCUAGGCAUAGACAGUUUAUUGAUGCCAUUGAAAACCACAUAUCACAUGUUGAAACAGCAUUAGGGAAUCUUUUAAUGAGGAAGGAAAGCAACCCCUUCAAUGGGUAAACCUGGAUGAAGAUGAACGUGGUGAGAGUUGGCCACAUUUAAAGUCCACAAGAUGAACAUUUAGAGCUCAGACCUUUUCUAAGUUCACAGUACUUUAAAUUUAUGAAUUGUUGUAAGGAUCAAUGUUAUGGUUUCUUAUUUGGAAAGCCACCCUAACAAAAGGAAUCUCAUGUUUUGUUUUAUCAUUUUUUCUCCUGCAGUAGCUUUUGUAUUUUGUUAGGCUUGAUAAAGUGGUAUGUUUAUGGAAUGUGAUCAAGAUGAGAGGCAUUUCUAUUGCCUCAGAUAUUCCUAAAGAUGUAAGUGGCUAAGAUUGUUGUUAUGGGAGGAAAGAGGAAAGAGGUGUUAAGUGCUCCUGCUUCUCUUCUUUCCUCUUUCCUCCUAUAACAACUUGUGGUUUAGGGGGGAGGAUUUUGACUUUUGGGGCCUCUGCAAUGGGUCUGUCAUCAAAUAUUUUGGAAGAUGAAUACAUUAAGUAGCAAGCACAGGUGCCCCCCAUAUGUUGCAACAUCUAUUUGACUCUUUUGCUUUUAGAAUAAAGAGGCAGCAUAAAGAUGCAAUGACUUUGACCUAUGUAACCUUUUGUCAAUGAAGUAGAAUCAUAGUUAAUUGGGUGUU